UCUGGAGGUGGGGGCCAGCUGUGGCAGCCCUGUCACCCACCAGUCCUGGUGCAAAGGAUCACCACUCAGUUUUAACUGCACAAUAGACAUCUAGCACAGGGGGACGCUGUCCAGGAGACACACUGUCAGCAAGCCGUCAAAAUCUCCCCCACUUUUAAUUCACUCUAGUUCCACACUCUCACAUUCAAGCUGGGCUGCAUGGCCCUGACCUCGGGUGCCAUCUCUGUGGCUGCUGUGGUUCUGCCUGGGGGGUUCUGUGUGAGUGACUCGCGUCGCAACGCCUGGCCUCCUGAAACUGAAGGUAUGUAGUCUCCCUGGCUCCUAGGUUUCUGCCCUCCACUCGUUUGACUGGGUGUAGCGGCUGGGCUCCUCUCAUCACCCUGGCUUCCUCAAGUGGCAUUGUUCACGUACCAACGUCUGUCUCAUCUGGUCAUGGUGAACAAUGUUAUAGUACAGCUUUACUAACCUUAUAGUGCGACACACAACACCAGUAACUGCUAUUAUUUAUUGUUAUCACUAUGAAUAAUGUUUGAUUAUGAUAGCUAUUAAGUUUUAUGUGAUCAUGUGUUACAAUAUCUGUGCAUACAGUAGGAGUAAAUAUAUGAGUGUAUUUAUGCACACGCCAUAACGUUAUUAUAAAUAUUAAUAUUUAACAGUUAACAACAGUACAACAGUUCUUUAUUCAUGAAUGUGUUUGCCUCACGUGUAUCUUUUUUAUUUAUUUGUUUUGUGCCUAUUUAUAUUUUUCUAUUUUUCCUCACUGACUUGUUUGUUUUCAUCUAUUGACUUGUUGUUAUUGGUCAAAUUUCAACAAAUCACAUUUCCACCACCGUGUUCACGUCAUUUAGAGAAUUUUCUGAAUAAAAAAAAGAAAACCCCGCUCCAACCGCCUUUUGAUGACGUCACUCCCGUAAAACCCAAACCCGCCAUUAAUUACCCGCUCCUUCGCCGGGUGCGGUGGCGCGUGCCUGUAAUCCAAGCUACUGGGAGGCUGAGGCUGGCGGAUCGUUUGAGCUCAGGAGCUCUGAGCUGCAGCGGACUAUGUCGAUCGGGUGUCCGCACUAAGUUUGGUAUCGAUAUGGUGCUUCUGGGGGAGCCCGGGACCACCAGGUCGCCUAAGGAAGGGUGCAUCGGCCCAGGUCGGUAACGGAGCAGGUCAAAGCCCCCGUGCCGCUCAGUAGUGGGAUCGCGCCUGUGAAUAGACGCUGUAGUGCAGCCUGAGUAAUACAGCGGGACCCAGUCUUUUUACACCAUUUACACUGAUCAGCUGAACAGCUGUGACGUCACACGCUACAGUUGAUGUUUGAUCAUUGAAGAACUACUUCUUUUCUGGGUUCGUAUCGGCUCGUUUCUAUUAAAUCCUUCGCUGUUUGUUGGUACAACACUGCCUCCUCCUGGACAAGAGGAGCAAUGACAUCACUUCAACCACAAAACGAGCAGAACGCUCUUGUUGUGUAAUUUUGCCAUUUUACCCUCUAAAUAUCAACUGUCUCCCUCAUCACAUUAGUCGUUUUAGUUCAUUUAUUGAAAUCAAACAUGUGUUUUUACAUACUUAAGACUAAACACCGGUAACAUUUUUAAAACACCAGAAAAAAUGCAAUUCUCAUCCCACUGUAUUUACGACGGUGUUCACUUCUUUUAGACAAUAUUCUGAAUAAAAAGAAAAUCCCGAUCCAACCGCCUUUUGAUGACGUCACUCCCGUAAAAUCCAAACUCGCCAUGAAUUACCCGCUCCUUCGCCGGGUGCGGUGGCGCGUGCCUGUAAUCCAAGCUACCGGGAGGCUGAGGCUGGCGGAUCGUUUGAGCUCAGGAGCUCUGAGCUGCAGCGGACUAUGUCGAUCAGGUGUCCGCACUAAGUUCGGUAUCGAUAUGGUGCUUCUGGGGGAGCCCGGGACCACCAGGUCGCUUAAGGAGGGGUGCAUCGGCCCAGGUCGGUAACGGAGCAGGUCAAAGCCCCCGUGCCGCUCAGUAGUGGGAUCGCGCCUGUGAAUAGACGCUGUAGUGCAGCCUGAGUAAUACAGCGGGACCCAGUCUUUUUACACCAUUUACACUGAUCCACUAACAGCUGGUGAUGACGCACACUACAGUUGAUGUUUGAUCAUCUUACAGCUGCUUCUGUACAGUAUUUGUAUUAGCUAAUUUCUAUUAAAUCCUUCGCUGUUUGUUGGUACAACACUGCCUCCUCCUGGACAAGAGGAGCAAUGACAUCACUUCCACCACAAAACGAGCAGAACGCUCUGGACGUCGUCUGAAGUACGGUUUCAAGGCAUGAAAUGAGGCUUCUCUACUUGAGCUGCUGUUACUUAUGCAACUACACAAGCUGUUUGUAUAGGUUUAGUUUCCAACAUUUUUGCCAUUUCACCCUCUAAUUAUUACUACUUGAACUCAUGUGACUCAUCUGUCAUGUCAGUACAUUUAUUGAAAUCAUUGAGUUUUUACAUGAAAAUUAGACUGUGGUAAAAUAAAAUAAAAAACGCAAUUCCCAUCCCACUGUCAAAUAUUAAGCUGUGAAAUUUCACAAUCUAUAUAUUUAUUUAUAUAUAUAUGUAUACACACACACAUUUCUCCGCUGUGGGACUAAUAAAGGCAUUCUUACUGGAGCAGAUCACCCUUUGUUUAGUCAUUUGACACUGAGCCACAUGAGUGGUGUGUGCCCGCCAUGAGAGGGCUGUGAAACAUUUAUGAGCAGGACGGCCAGCAGCACAGAGCACUCGGGUGCGAGCAGAGCCAUGGCGACUGUUGAGGAAACGUUGAAGUGUCCCGCCUGCCAGGAUCUCUUCACAGACCCAGUAACUCUCCCAUGCGGACAUCACUUCUGUCUCACCUGCAUCCGGGCUGUCUGGGAGGGAGACGGGUCUGAGGCGGGCCUUUCCUUCUGUCCGGAGUGUCAGAUUCUCCUGCCCUCUGACCUCACUCUGGAGAUAAACACCAGCCUCCAGACCAAAGUCAAGGAGUGCGACUCUAACAAGACACAGGCUGCGGAGCUCCAAGCAGCAGCUCCGGGCGGCGGCGCCAGAUCAGCAUCCACCGUCUACUGUGACCACUGCAUCGCGGCGCCGUCGGAGGCUGUGGAGACCUGUCUGACCUGCGAUGCCUCGCUGUGCCAGGCCCACGCCCUGCUGCACCAGCAGAGGUCUGCCCUGAGGAAGCACACGGUGGUGGAGGUGACGCGGGACCCGCUGUCCCUGAAGUGCAGGGAGCAUCGGGAUGAGCUCAAGCUUUUCUGUAUGGAGGAACGGGCACCGGUGUGCUGCUUGUGCGUCCUGGUUGGGCCGCACAAGAACCAUAAAGCCUGGCAGCUCAGUGAAGCCUGUGCAAACUUUAAGAGAACGUUAGAAACUACUAUGAACCAGUUGUUGGAGAGAAGAAGUAAAGCAGAACAUGCCAUCAAAGACUUAGAGUCACUCUAUGCACAAACUGUGGCGUCCGCUGCCGAUUUCAGGGAGAGAAUCUCGGACAAGUACAGCCGGAUCCGGGUGGUGCUGGAUGCCGACGAGCGUCUGAUGAUGCAGAUCAUCGACGCAGAGGAGCUAAACACGACCGAGUGGCUGGAGGCCCAGAGGAGCGUCACGGAGGCCCACAUCAGAGACAUAGACGACCUCAGAGCUUCCAGCAAAUCGCUGCUCCAGGAAACCAAUGAGCUCAGUGACCCAUUGGACUCAACGCCACUACAGGAAGUAGAGAGGAAUCUGUGUGACCUCGAGAAGCUGAGAACGGUAGAGAGGCUGGUGGAUGAUCUCACUGUGUCUCUGUCGCCGCACUUUCCACGAAUGUGGUCGUAUCUAUGCUGCCCCGCUCUGGAUUCCGAGACAGCUCACCCGAAGGUGGAAAUAUCCGAGGACGGGAAACAAGUGUGCUGGAGACGACAACCUGCCGGCGAAGGUCCCGGCACCCGGCCGUGCGAUUCCCAGUACAGCGUCCUGGCCCAGGACUGCUUCACCACCGGCCAGCACUACUGGGAGGUCAUCGUCCAGGACAAACCUUACUGGCUAGUAGGUGUGACCACUGGGCCCAACCACAGAACAGACGCUCCAAGCCAGAGUUCUUCCAGCUUGGGUGUGAACGGCACAUCCUGGUGCAUUUACCAUGCAGACGGGCGGUACAUGGCAUGCCACGACACCCAGGAGACGCCGCUGUCUGUGGAGAAGAGAGUCAGGAAGCUGGGCGUACUGGCAGAUCUCCAGAAGGGGGCGCUGUCCUUCUAUGACGCCGAUGCUAUGACGCUGCUUCACGCCUUCUCUGUGCUGUGCACUGACAGUCUGUUCCCCAUGCUGAACCCAUGCAUUGAUGUGAACGGGCUGAAUAAGCAGCCUCUCACCUUGUUUUCGAUCAAGGACCUUUGGGAUUCAAAUACUAACGCAUAUCAAAGAGACAAAGACUAA